CGCGACUUCCCGGUGCUGUAGUGACCCAGUUUUUAUUAAGAAUCAGAUUUUUACGGUCUAUCUCCCCAUGGGUAUAUAGCCAUUCCCCGGGAUGACGAAGAUGGUGAAUUGGAACACACAUCUUUCAACUUUCAAGCACAGCUAUGAGCAUUUUCAAGAGUGACAAGGAGGCCAAGGCUCCUCAGGUCAAUAUCACCUCGAGCCCUGAGUCUUCAGCACCAGGAACACCCCCGAUUGAGUCGGCACUGCUGAGCGCAGACCAGAAUGCGAUUGAGUUAGAGAAGCGGCCACAGUUUGGUCGGUUGGCUUCCUGGAGGGGAUCUUUGAUUCUGCUGGUUACUUCGGGCGCGCAGUUCCUCGACAAUGUUUUCAUGACGAGCGCGAACAUGGCUUUGUCGUCGAUCCAGGAAGAAUUCAAUGAGUCGAGUACGAAUUUGCAGUGGAUGAUUUCCGCAUACACUCUAACCUUUGGUGGAUUCCUCCUGCUGGCAGGGGUUCUGUCCGAUCGAUAUGGACGCAAGACUAUUCUUUGUGCUGGCCUGGCAUGGCUAUCUCUCUGGACAUUGGUUAUUGGUUUCGGCACGAGCUUUAUCCAGCUCGCCAUUUUCCGUGGUCUUCAGGGAAUGGGUGCAGCGAUGACGGUCCCGUCCGCAAUUGGAAUCAUCAGUUCCUACUUCACUGGCCUGGACCGGACCAGGGCGCUGUCCAUCUAUGCCUCCUCCGGUACGAUUGGCUUCUGCGCUGGUCUUCUCGUCGGUGGUUUCCUCACUUCCUCCUUGGGCUGGAGAUAUAUCUUCUACCUGAUUGUGAUCAUUACUGGCGCUCUUGGUAUUCUAGGAGCCAUCGUGAUUCCCAAGGAUGUUCCUGUCGCAGAGAAACCGAAGAUGGAUUAUGUCGGAUCCAUCCUAUCUACGUCUGGUCUUAUCCUCCUUCAGUUUGUGCUGUCGAGUGGUGGUGACUACGGCUGGGGCACACCAUUCAUCAUUGCGUUGCUCGUCGUUGCAGUCCUUCUUCUGGUUGCUUUUGUCAUCCUUCAGAAGUACAUCAGCUACCCCAUCAUGCCGUUGUCGUUGUGGAAGCUGCGCAACUUUGCCGGGCUUUGGAUUGCUGGAUUCACUUGCUACGGCAGUUACCAAAACGUCAUCUACUACAUCGUCCUGAUGGCCCAGCAGGUCGACAACCUCAACGCCGGUGACACCGCCCUCCGUUUCCUCCCCAUGGGCGCAAUCGGAUUCGUCGCCUCAAUGGGAACCGGGAAGCUCCUCGAAUACGUUAACGGAAAAUACACGUUGCUCGCAGGUCUUAUCUUGACUGUCGUGGCUCCUAUACCGAGUGCCUUGACCGCAACGGAUCAGGAGCCGGACUUCUGGGUCAACGUCCUUCCUUCGUCCUUGAUCAGUAUUACCGCUGUGUCUCUUAUUUUCGUGACAACCAGUACUCUCAUCUUGACGACCGUUCCGGUUAACGUUAAGAGUCUCUGCGGUGGAAUGCUCAACACUGCAUUCCAAAUCGGCUCGGGAGUAGCCCUCGCCAUUUCCGCCGCCGUCACAGAUGCAGUUGACAUCUCAAAAGGCCACGGCAUCGCACAGCAAUACGCAACUGGUCUCUGGUGCUCUGCCGGUCUCGCUGGUCUUGGACUGAUUAUUGCGUUUUUCUCGGUUAGCCGAAAGGGGAUCGGACCGAAUGAUCGUACGGAUUCUGAUAUUGCUGUUUGAUCGAUCGAUCGCCUGAUUGAUUGAUCUUUACGACUAUGAUUUUGACAACGACAACGACACAAUGACCAUGACUACGACUAUGCUUUUUCUACUCGGUUUCGGCGACGGAUUUAGUGACCAAUUUGGUAUCGGGAUCUUUUCGGAUAUAAUAUGGGUAUACAUCGGUUUGCAUUGAUUCAGCGUGCAUUUUUAUUGUUUUCGUUAUGCUUCACUCACGUCGGAUAGAGGGAUAGACGACUGAAAAAAAAAAAAAAAAUCCUAUAGAUAGAUAGACCCCUAGAUAGACUUUCCUCUUUUCGUGAUCUUCAC